UUGCAGGGAUUUCAAAAAAUAUAUAAACAGUUUUUCCCACAAGGCGAUCCCACCGAUUUUGCUUCAUUCGUUUUCAAGGUUUUCGACGAAAAUAAGGAUGGGGCAAUCGAAUUUCAUGAAUUCAUCAGGGCAUUAUCGAUCACGUCUAGAGGCAAUUUGGAUGAAAAACUGCAUUGGGCUUUCCGAUUAUACGACUUGGACAAUGACGGCUUCAUAACGCGCGAUGAGAUGUUGUCGAUCGUUGGAAGUAUUUAUAAAAUGGUAGGCACAACAGUCAAACUGCCAGAGGAGGAAAAUACUCCAGAAAAACGCGUGGAUCGGAUUUUUAAAAUGAUGGAUAAAAAUAACGACGCGCAAUUGACGCUCGAGGAAUUCAAGGAAGGCGCCAAAGCGGAUCCAUCAAUUGUCCAUGCGCUUUCACUCUAUGAAGGAUUAUCCGCUUAA